AUGAGUGUUAUUGGUGUGCAUCCACCGCAGUUUCUGAACCUGUCAAGUGAAAAUCUCGCAGAGGCUUUUCGCGAUUUCCGACAGUCAUGGGACAUUUUUGUGGUAGCUUCCGAGAUCGAAGCAAAGCCGGAUAACAUUAAGGUUGCGCUGCUGAAGAAUUUCUUGGGGUUGGAUGCCGUCAAGGUGUUGGACACGCUGCUCCCAGUGGCGGAUCAAGUGAAUCCCGGAGUGAUCCUAAACGCGUUGGGGGGAUACUGUUUGCCCCAGACUAACGAGACAUACGAACGUUUUGUCUUCAAUACGGCUGUGCAACGGGAAAGCGAAGAAGUUAUCGAGUUCGUCAGUCGGCUGAGAAAGUUGUCUGUGUCGUGCAAUUUUGGAAAUCUUAAGGACUCCAUGAUUCGUGACCGCAUAGUGGUCGGAAUCAGGUCUGACGAUACGCGGAAAGCAUUGCUGAAAACAGUGAACCUAACAUUGGCUGGUGCGAUUGAUAUUUGUCGGGCACAGAAGCUAGUUGACGAUCGUCUGACGGCGAUGAAAGUGAAGCAAGAGCCACGCGAACCGGAAGGGGAACCGGAAACUAUCGCGAAGUGCAAAGUGGAAAAAUCGAAGUACAGAGAGCGAGUGAAGUGCAAAUAUUGCGGGCGCGAUGACUAUAAGAUUGGUAACCGUGAAGAGUGCCCAGCAAAUGGAGUCACGUGUCGCAGCUGUGGGAAGCAAAAUCAUUAUGCGAGGGUUUGCCGCAUGAAGCCAGAGAAGAAAGAAGAAUCAAGAUCUGAAGAAUCACGCAAUCCGAAGAAAAGGCACACGAAGAAAGUAGACAACAUCGAAGAAAGUGAUAGUGAUUCGUCCGACUAUGUGGCCAAUGUGGAAGAGGUCAAUGUUGUAGAUAAGAAAAUCACUACCGAGAUCAGUUUUUCAGUGGGAAAGAGCGAUGAGGCAAAGAAGAUUCGGUGUCAAGUCGAUACUGGCGCGUCAUGCAAUGUAAUCACAUUGCAUGCACUGAAGUACAUUACCGGUGGUCAAACGGAGCUUGAACCUAGUGAUACGAAGUUGAAGGGAUUUGGUGGUCAAAUGGUUCCGGCGGUCGGUAAAUCCGUACUGCGGCACCGUGGGGAAUCGAAGCGGUUCAGAGUGGCUUUCCAAGUAGUUGACUUGCCUCCGAAAAUCUUGCCCAUGCCUCUUCUUGGCUACAAAACAUGCAUUGCGCUGGGAAUCGUGAGCAUAAAGAGUGUGAAAAUGUGCGAUGAAGAAGCGAAGCGGGAAAGUGUGAUAAAUGAAGAAGCAGACGAAGUCGUGGAGCGGUUCAGUGAUGUGAUUGUGGGGGACGGAAAACUGAAAGGAAAAGUAAACAUUGAACUGAAUGACGAGCUACCGAGAGUACAAGAGCCGAGAAGAGUACCGGUGCAGGUAAGAGGAAAGUUGAUCAGUGAACUGGAGAAUCUUGAGAAAAGAGGACUGAUUGAAAAAGUGAAUGAACCUACAGAGUGGACGAGUAAUAUCGUCAUAGUGAUGCGGAAGGACAAAAUUCGAAUUUGCCUGGAUCCUACGGAUUUGAAUCGUGCCAUCAGGCGUCCGAGGUAUCAGAUGGCAACCUUGGAGGAGAUACUUCCAGAUCUGAAGGAUGCCAAGGUGUUUUCGACACUAGACGUCCGAAACGGAUUUUGGCACGUAGAGUUGACCGACAGUAGCAGCAGAUUGACAGCUUUCUGGACACCCGAGGGUAGCUCAAAUUGCAAGAAGCACUACAUGGGCUGGAGGGUGCUCGUUGAUGAUAUCCUCUGUGUUGGGCGAGGAAAAACACAGCAGGAAGCCACGGAGGAUCAUAACAAAAAUCUAGCCGCCCUGUUGCAACGUUGUCAAGAGAAGGGAAUAAAGCUGAACCGGAACAAGAUGAAGCUGAAUCAGACGGAGGUGCGGUUUUUUGGACAUAUAUUGUCAAAAGAAGGCCUGAAACCGGAUCCUCUGAAAACAUCGGCAAUACAAGAGAUGCCUGAGCCGAAGAACGUGGCCGAGCUACAUCGGUUCCGAGGGGCGAUUCACUCAU